AUGGUAAAACGUACUCCACAGGUACUAACACUGCUCUACUACAUAAUGGUUGGCCUAGUUCUAAUUGGAGCAGUCGAAUAUUUCAAAUACUCGACGAAGAUUCAUUACGACUGGUUCCACUGUACACCUGUGACAGAGCCCCUAGGCAAGGGCUCAUCUGCUAUCAAGCUGUUCGCAGUUGGCGGUCCAAGCUGCGACAAGAGAGGCGAGUUGAAGACUAUUGUCAAAAGAAUUACUAGGGACUAUGACAUUAAUGAUCAGCACGUUUCCUUCUGUAUAAAGGAGAACCUAAAUGUCCCUCACAAGCAUUACCCAGUUCACGAAGACAAGGGAGAACCGGGAUACGUCGCGUACGUUGGGUACAAUUCUGAUUAUGAAACAAUUGAAGAAAUGUGUAGUGAUGCAACAAUUUUGCAUAUAUAA